UGAGUUCAAGCCUCAGGACUGGCCAAAAAAAAAUUAAUGUGUUUUACUUAUAAAAACAGAAUGAGGUCUGGGAAUAUAGUUUAGCGGUAGAGUAGUUCAAGUAGUAGAGAGCACUAAACUUGAGCAUAAGAAGCUCUGGGACAGUGCCCUAGGCCCUGAAUUCAAGCCUCAGGACUGGCAAAAAAAAAAAAAAAGAAAAAGAGUCCCUUAUGCAGAAGAACAGAAACUAAGAAGUUUAGGGGAGCAAUUUUGAUGGCUCUUCAAAAAGGUUGAGAAGCUGUUUUCCACAGAAGAGGGCCAAAUUGUUGAUAUUUGAGAGAAGAUGGGAAAGGGCUGCAAGGUUGUGGUUUGUGGAUUGUUAUCUGUGGGGAAAACAGCAAUUUUGGAGCAGCUCCUUUAUGGAAAUCACACCAUUGAGCCCAGUAGGGACAGAAAGAGAAGCAGGUGUUCCAAGGGAAUGGAAGACUGUGAGACGAUGGAGGAUGUGUACAUGGCUUCUGUGGAGACAGAUCGGGGCGUCAAGGAGCAGUUGCACCUCUAUGACACCAGAGGCUUGCAGGAUGGGGUGGAGCUGCCAAAACAUUACUUUUCCUUCGCUGAUGGCUUUGUCCUAGUGUACAGUGUGAAUAACCUUGAAUCCUUUCAAAGAGUAGAGCUUCUGAAGAAAGAAAUCGAUAAGUUCAAGGACAAAAAAGAGGUAGCCAUUGUUGUAUUAGGAAACAAACUUGACCUUUCUGAGCAGAGGCAAGUGGACGCUGAAGUGGCACAGCAGUGGGCAAAAAGUGAGAAAGUAAGACUGUGGGAAGUGACUGUGACCGACCGGAAAACUCUGAUUGAGCCAUUCACUUUACUAGCCAGUAAGCUCUCCCAGCCCCAGAGCAAAUCCAGCUUCCCUUUGCCUGGAAGGAAAAACAAAGGGAACUCUAGCUCUGAGAACUAAAAAUCAAACUCCACAGCUGCUUGUGAAUAGUGAUCCCCAUUAAGUGCAUAAACUUGGUACGUAAGAUGCUUUUGUAAAAUUGGCCCUUCAUGUUUACCUUUGGUCCUUAGGGAACCCUAAGGAAAUAAUUUAAUAGGCUGUAAUUAAAAUAUUGGUGUAAGUUUAUUAUUAUUGCCUGAUAGAUUAGCACCCUACUCCUUGAGCCACAGCGCCACUUCUGGCUUAUUCUGUUUAUGUAGUACAGAAGAAUCAAAACCGGGGCUUCAUGCAUGUCAGACAAGCACUCUACCACUAAGCCACAUUCCCAGCCUUAUAUUCUCAUUCUUGCUUGAAGCCUUUUUUACUUAUGUUGUACUUGUCAAAAUGGUAAAAUAAAUUUGGAAAGCAUCCAAAUAGCCCCUAGGUAAGCCCCAGCCUGUCCAGAAGUUACUCUCACUGAAUGUAGUUGUAUGCAUAUAAGCCAUGUCAAUAUUCAGGAUUCUAAAACAUGACGUUUUUAAUACAUCCAAGUUGGAGCAAUGACACUACAAACUUUGGAUAAGCUACUUUCUUACCUUAUGGAUAUUUUGCUGAGUAUAGCAAAAGUCAUGUUUUAGUUUUGCUCUGAUCUUGUUUAACAUGACUUGUAUUAGUAGGUGUGGAA